AGUCAAACAUCAGGGGAUGGGUAAGUCCACAGGGGAUGGAAUACGCAAGAUCACACGAGAGCAAUCAAUCUCGCAGGCGUACGUAGACCCUUAAAAAUGCACGUACGUACAGAAAGAAGCAAAGAAGCAGAAGCAGGCGCCUGUUUACGGUUAUCUGCUAUCGCCUUAGUCAUCAUCUUCUUCUUCUUACAGUUAGCUUUAAAGCCACGCAGCGCUAGGCAAUCAGAGUUUCCAGUUUUCCCUUAUUUUUGUUUAUUUUUUGAAUUUAGGGUUUUUGUUUCUUAUUCGAUUAACCUUUGCGGAUAAGCAGCCCAAAGCAGCAAAAACGGGAACACUAUAAACACCAAGGAACCUGUUCCAAGAGCGUGGCUGGAGGCUGUG